AUGUCGAGGUCUCGUCGUCGUACCAAGCUCCGCAACGACGACGACGAGGACGGUAGCGCGUCGUCGACCAUGCUCACCGAGACAGCGACCGGGUGGCACGUGCUCAAGGUCGAGGGCUACUCCGAAAUCAAUGGUCUCGGCGUCGCCAGGCGCCUGAAAUCAUGUCCGUUCGUCGUCGGAGGGCACACCUGGUGCAUCGCAUACUUCCCCGACGGUCUCACCGAGGACACCGCCGACUGCAUCUCUUUCGCCCUACGUCUUGAAGAUCGUUGUGCCGGGACCGGGAGAGAGGCCGUCAUGGUACGGACUACGUUCAGCCUGCUCGACGUGGCCGGAGGUGCUUGGCCGCCGCCGGACCUGCGCAGGCAACUCGGCGACCUCCUCGCCAGCGGGGACGGGGCGGACGUGACGCUGGAGGUAGGCGGCGAGUCGUUCCGCGCGCACAAGAACGUGCUCGCCGCGCGGUCGCCGGUGUUCAAGGCCGAGUUCUUCGGCGGACAACACAGGGAGAAGGUCGCGGCGAGUGUAAGCAUCCAUGGCAUCGAACCGAGGGUGUUCAGCGCCAUGCUCCACUUCAUCUACACCGACUCGUUGCCGGACAUCGACGACGGCGACAGGACGGCGAUGGCUCAGCAUCUGCUCGUGGCCGCUGACCGGUACGGCAUCGAGAGGCUAAAAUCGAUCUGCGAGUAUGUUCUCUGCAGCUUUGUCCACGCGAGUGCAGUGGUGACUACGCUCGUGCUCGCGGAGCAGCACGGUUGCCAUCAGCUCAAGGAGGCGUGCUUCAAGGUCCUCAAGUCCUCGGCCAAUUACAAGCAGCUUGUGGUAGGGGAAGACUUUCAAUAUCUGGCAAGCACUUGCCCCUCUCUUCUCCAAGAGCUGCGUGGACUUGAAGCAGCAUGA